AUGCGCCAGUUGGUUGAAAAGCUUGCGUGGCAGGAAGGUGCUGUGGGUGAGGCUGAAGAGCCGUCUAGUGGGUUUGGUGAAGACGGCGAACCGCAGCAGGAACAAGAUGGUACUGUGGAUAGAAUACGCACCCCCAGCCCUGGCAGGCGGGGUGAAGGUGCUGACGUGUGGUCAGCGGUCCAUGACGGUAAGCGAAAGCUGCCCGAGGCCCAGAGUGGCAUGCGAAAGCAGCCCCCUAAGAUGUCUGGGCGGCGGCAGCCUCCCAGUUCUUGA